AUGUCUUAUCAAUCAAGUGUAGCUCAAGACUCUUUAGCUGCGGCACAAUUAGAGAUGACCGGUAACCCCAACGCUUUGGCCUUGCGUCGGCCAUUCGACCCGGUGGCGCACGACUUAGAAGCAAGUUUUCGAUUGACACGGUUUGCGGACUUGAAAGGAAGAAGCUGCAAAGUUCCCCAAGAUGUUCUUGGUAAACUUGUGGAAUCAUUACAACAGGACUACUCCCAGCAAGAGGACCAGUUUAUGCAUGUGGCUAUCCCGCGCAUUGGUAUCGGCUUGGACUGUUCGGUAACGCCACUCAGACAUGGAGGGCUUUGUUUGGUCCAAACUACUGACUUCUUCUAUCCCUUGGUAGAUGACCCUUACAUGAUGGGCAAAAUCGCAUGUGCCAACGUUCUAAGCGACCUGUACGCGAUGGGUGUAACAGAAUGUGACAAUAUGCUCAUGCUGCUCGGCGUAUCAACAAAGAUGACAGAGAAGGAGCGAGAUGUUGUUAUUCCUCUAAUUAUGCGUGGAUUCAAAGACUCAGCCCUGGAGGCUGGCACUUCUGUUACUGGUGGACAAACAGUUAUUAACCCUUGGUGUGCAAUUGGCGGGGUAGCCACUACAAUUUGCCAACCAAAUGAAUAUAUUGUUCCUGAUAAUGCUGUUAUGGGUGAUGUGCUUGUGUUAACCAAACCCUUGGGUACCCAAGUAGCUGUAAAUGCUCAUCAGUGGCUUGACCAACCUGAACGCUGGAAUCGCAUCAAAUUGGUUGUGUCUGAAGAGGAUGUUCGGAAGGCGUAUCACCGAGCAAUGGAUUCUAUGAGCAGGCUUAAUCGUAUUGCUGCUCGUUUAAUGCAUAAAUACAAUGCUCAUGGUUCCACAGAUGUAACUGGCUUUGGUCUGUUAGGUCAUGCACAGAACCUGGCUUCUCAUCAGAAGAAUGAGGUUUCAUUUGUUAUUCACAACUUACCAGUAAUUGCCAAGAUGGCAGCAGUAGCUAAGGCCUGUGGAAACAUGUUCCAACUGUUGCAAGGACACGCUCCUGAGACUUCAGGUGGACUGCUAAUCUGCUUGCCACGUGAACAAGCUGCAGCUUACUGCAAAGACAUUGAGAAGCAAGAAGGCUACCAGGCAUGGAUCAUAGGAAUUGUUGAGAAGGGCAACCGCACUGCCCGCAUCAUUGAUAAGCCCCGAGUCAUUGAAGUGCCCGCUAAAGAUUAA